CGCUGAGACCCCAUUGCCGCCCCCAGCGGCCUCCGUCCAGCACCAUGUUCUCCAGGAAGAAGCGAGACCUCAUGAAGACCCCCUCCAUCUCCAAAAAGACCCGGGCGGGGAGCCCCAGCCCGCAGGCCUUGGCGGAGCUGCCCAGGAAAGACGGUGCGGAUGCAGCCGGCCCUGGGACUGCUCUGGAGCCUCCAGCCGUGGCAUCCAGUACCAAGGCUGCAGGGACACUCAAACGGCCCACCAGCCUGAGCCGGCAUGCCAGUGCUGCAGGCUUCCCACUGUCCGGACCUGGCACCUGGACGCUGGGCCGGGGCCACCGCAGCCCACUGACAGCCGCCAACCCUGCGGACCUGAGCGCCGAGGGGACCUACCUCGAUGCCGCUGACGACAUCGCCUGCCUCCUGACUGAAGUGGCCCGCUUUGCUGAGGCCCUGGAGAAGCUCAGAGAGUGCGUGCACCGUGAAGACCUCCUGGAGGCCCGCCGGCCGCUGGCCGUGGAGAGCCUGGGGGAGGCCCUACGUGUGAUUCGGCAGGUCAACACCAGAUACCCCCUACUGAACACAGUGGAGACCCUCACAGCAGCCGGCAACCUCAUCAACAAGGUCAAAGGCUUCCAUUAUGAGUGCACCGAGGAGCUGGACACGCAGGAGUUUGAGAAGGCCCUGGAGACCAUCGCAGUGUCCUUCAGCAGUGUUGUGUCCGAGUUCCUCAUGGGCGAAGUGGACACCAGCACAUUCCUGUCGGUGCCCCUGGGGGACCCGAGCCAGGCCAUGGAGCACCUGUACUGCCAGGGGGGGGAGGGCCCCCCUCCCAGCACUGAGGACUGCGACCAGGGGUGCCCGGCCCCUGAGGAGGUGGACAUGCUGCUGCAGCGUUGUGAGGGUGGGGUGGACGUGGCCCUGCAGUAUGCCAAGAGCAUGGCCAAGUACAUGAAGGACGUGAUCACCUACCUGGAGAAGCGCUCGGCACUGGAGUUGGAGUUCUCCAAAGGGUUGCAGAAGCUGGUCCACCACUGUAGGCAGAGCAUCACCCAGGAGCCCCACAUGCCCCUGCUGUCCAUCUACUCGCUGGCGCUGGAGCAGGACCUCGAGCUGGGCCACUGCAUGGUGCAAGCAGCAGGCACCCUGCAGGCACACACCUUCCUGCAGCCCCUGACCCAGAGGCGGCAGGAGCAUGAAAGGCGCAGGAAGGAGAUCAAGGAGGCUUGGCAUCGUGCGCAGAGGAAGCUGCAAGACGCAGAGGCCAACCUGCGGAAAGCAAAGCAGGGCUACGUGCAGCGCUGCGAGGACCAUGACAAGGCCCGUGUGCUGGUGGCCAAGGCCGAGGAGGAGCAGGCAGGUGGCGCGCCCGGGGUGGGCAGCGCUGGCUCCAAGAACCUGGACAAGCGUCGGCGACUGGAGGAGGAGGCCAAGAACAAGGCGGAGGAGGCUAUGGCUACGUACCGCACCUGCGUGGCCGACGCCAAGACGCAGAAGCAGGAGCUAGAGGACAUCAAGGUGACCGCGCUGCGGCAGCUGCAGGACGUGGUGCGGCAGAGCGACCAGAUCAUAAAGUCGGUCACCAUCUCCUACUACGAGCUGCUGCAGGCGCAAGCGGCGCCACUGCCCGUCAACUUCCACAUGCUGUGUGAGAGCAGCAAGCUGUACGACCCCGGCCAGCAGUACGCCUCCCACGUGCGCCAGCUGCAGCGCGGCGAUGAGCCCGACGUGCACUACGACUUCGAGCCGCACGUCUCGGCCAGCUCCUGGUCCCCUGUGAUGCGGGCUCGCAAGGGCAGCUUCAAUGUUGAGGUGGCGGGGAGAGAAGCUGGCAGCGCCCUGGAAGCAGGUGAACUGGAGGAGGGGGCGCUGGCCAAGGAGCGGCGUGGUGUGCGCAGUCACCAGGUGCACAAGUCCUGGCCCACCCACACCCAGGGCAUCUACCGAGUCAACGGGGUGAAGACACGUGUGGAGAAGCUGUGCCAGGCAUUUGAAAACGGUCAGGAGCUGGUGGAGCUGUCGCAGGCCUCACCCCAUGACAUCAGCAACGUGCUCAAGCUCUACCUGCGCCAGCUGCCGGAGCCACUGCUGUGUUUUCGCCUGUACCAUGGGCUUGUGGGGCUGGCCAAGGAUAGCCUGAAGGCCGAGGCCGAGGCCAAGGUGGCGGCACGGGGCCGGCCAGCCGGGGGCGAGAGUGCUAUGGCAGCGGCCGUGGCCAUGGCAGGCCGGCUGCGGGAGCUGCUGCAGGACCUGCCGCCUGAGAACAGGGCCACGCUGCAGUACCUGCUGCGCCACCUGCGCAGGAUCGUGCAGGUGGAACAAGACAAUAAGAUGACCCCGGGGAACUUGGGCAUCGUGUUUGGGCCCACACUACUGCGGCCGCGGCCCACGGAGGCCACCGUGUCCCUGUCCUCCCUCGUAGACUACCCCCACCAGGCACGGGUUGUGGAGACCCUCAUCGCACACUAUGGACUGGUUUUUGAGGACGAGCCUGAGGAGACGCCCAGCACCCAGGAUGGGGCGGCCGCUCAGUGGACAGAUGCAGCGGGGCAGGUGCCGUUCCUGGAGGUGGGCGAGGCGGCAGCUGAGCCCUCGCAGGAGGGGCCCCCAGGGUCCCACCUGCUUUCCAAUGACUCGGACUCGGAGCUGGAAGAGCCCACGGACCUGCUGUCGUCCGGGGGCGCCGAGGCUCUGCGGCACCUGAGCUUCUUGGAACAGGCACAAGAGGCCAGCCAGGAGGAGGGUGCACACAGCGGCAGCGAGGACGAGCUGCUUCUGACACACAACACCAACCAGUCCAACAACGCCAGGGGGCUGCGUGCUGGCUCCCCGCUGGGAGAGGCGGCCUGAGCACACCGUGCUGGGUAGAGGGCAGGACUGGCCUCAGCUGUCACCGCUGUUCCCACACAGGAAGUGGCUGCAACGGCCUGACGGCGGAGUUCAGCUUUGGACACUGACUUCUGGACUGUUCCCCAAACCUGCUUUGGCCCCUGGGCUGCCGUCCCUGCAAGCCUGCUGGAAGGAGCUACCCAGCAGGUUGGGCUACAUCAAUAAAGCUUUGCGCUGA